AUGGUGACACCAGGAGCAAGACCGGCUGUCUGUGCCCUGUCGCUUAUCGGUUAUCUCUGCAAUGGAAUGUUGAUUUAUUUGAUCAAGAAAAAUCCGAAUUCACGAAUGGGAAACUAUCGAUAUCUUAUUCUUAUGUUGACCAUUUUCAACAUCGUCUAUGCCACCGGCCAUUUGGUGGUCUUGCCGCUCACCUAUAUGCAUGAUUUCGGUUGGUGUUUCUACUCGUCGUCAUUCCUCAGCGGAUACAAAUUCAUUGGCUAUGCUCUCAUCCUUGGCUACUGUUCGAUCUUUGCUCAAUCCACCAUUCUCCUCGCCUAUCAUUUCAUCUAUCGAUACGCAUGUAUCUGCAAAACUGAGUGGCUCGAGGUGAUCAACACGAAACGAGCCAUUUCUAUGGUCAUUUUCUGCUACAUCCUCUACUUUGGGCUAUGGGUGGCAAUGGUUCAUCUAUUUGCCGGUCCAACCGAUGCAUUCAAUGAGCGAAUCGCUAUCGGCUUUUAUGAGUAUUCGGGGCAAUGGCCAAAUGAGACAGCACUGAUUGGAGGAUAUUAUUUGCUACGAGAUAACAACAGUCAUUUGCACAUCAAUUUACGUCCGUGGAUCGCGGUGUGUGUUUGCCAGACACAAAUGAGUUGUAUGUUCGGAGUGAUCCUCUACUGUGGCUGGUCGAUGCAUCGCAAGUUGAGCUCAUCAGAAAUGGCAUCAGAGAGGGGUUUCCGAUUGCAAAAGCAACUUUUCCGAGCCCUACUCAUACAGUUUCUGGUGCCAAUCAUUCUCGAGUACAUCCCAUGUGUUGCCGUCUUCUUUCUCCCCUUAACGGGUGGAGAUUUCAAUCUUGAAUGGGCAACUCUCGCCGUCUCAUCGUAUCCAAUUUUCGAGCCACUUGUUGUCAUCUAUUUUGUCAAGGAGUAUCGAAUCACUCUCCAUAGAACCAUUUUUGGCAAUCUCAAAGGUGGCACCGUUUCUCAAACUUUUGAGAAAACCACACAGCAACAUCCUCACGAUUCUCACACGACAGAAGUGAAACGAUCGAAGUUAGCGACA